UACUGCAAGUAGAUAUGGAAAUGUGCACACAGAAAAGAAUAAAAGCAAAGAUAGUACCUGGAGGAUGCAUUAGUCUAAUAUGGCCAAAACUGUCUACAGAUGCAGUGGAGGUUUAAAAGAGAUUCAGACAGGAAUUGUCUUUUGAAGAUGGAUGGUGAUAGCUCCACAACGGAUGCUUCUCAGUUAGGAAUUGCUGGAGAUUACAUUGGUGGCAGUCACUAUGUGAUACAGCCUCAUGAUGACACCGAGGACAGCAUGAAUGAUCACGAAGAUACAAAUGGCUCAAAAGAGAGUUUUAGAGAACAAGAUAUAUAUCUUCCAAUUGCAAAUGUGGCAAGGAUAAUGAAAAAUGCCAUACCCCAAACAGGAAAGAUUGCUAAGGACGCAAAGGAAUGUGUGCAAGAGUGUGUAAGUGAAUUCAUCAGCUUUAUAACGUCAGAAGCAAGUGAGAGGUGUCACCAAGAGAAAAGAAAGACCAUCAAUGGAGAGGAUAUUCUCUUUGCCAUGUCUACCUUGGGGUUUGAUAGUUAUGUUGAACCUUUGAAGUUAUACCUCCAAAAAUUCAGAGAGGCAAUGAAAGGAGAAAAGGGAAUUGGGGGAACAGUUACAACUGGAGAUGGUCUAAGUGAGGAGCUCACAGAGGAAGCAUUUACUAACCAGUUGCCAGCAGGCUUGAUAACUACAGACGGCCAACAGCAGAAUGUUAUGGUCUACACAACAUCGUAUCAACAGAUCUCUGGAGUUCAACAAAUUCAGUUCUCAUGAUUUGAAGAAAACUUUGUAUCUGGGAACAUGAGACGGAAAAGCUGUGCAACUCUAACGAAGAGGCAGUUUUAAUGACUGGUGAAGAGAUUUAUCUCUUUGUAUAUUAAAUAGCUGUAAUGUAGCUACCUGAAGCUUGACUAAUUGAGGUGUGAGUUCUGACUCAAAUCUUUUUCAUGAUGAUUUUAAAAAAAAAAAAAUUGGAUUUUAAAGGUAUUAAAAGUAUUUUUGUUUUGUACAAGAGUUUGUUGCUCUGUAUAACUCCUGUAUGCAUUGUAUAUUGCAAUUUAUUACUGUCAGAGAUUUGUAGACAGUUUCUUAUUUUCAUAUUGAAUCAUGUUACUUUUGUAAUUCAGGUAAACAGCUGGGUUAAUUCAUGUUUACCCUUUGAAUAAAAUUGUAAGGGUAAAGUUAAUUUUUGAAUGCAAGUUGCCUUUAUUAUAAAGAUUGAGUUGGUCUUGGUUAUGUAACUUGUCUUGCAUGACAACCUCAACUAACGUUACAUGUCGGCAUAUUUAUUGAAAUUUUGAAAGGGACUUUUUUCUUCAUGAAACUAGCAGCUCAAAAGAAUUGUUACAACUGGGUUUUUUUUUUUAUGUAACUUCAUAAUUAAAAGUUAAUCAAAACCAACCAAUGCUCUACUACAUUUAGGGACUUAGAGCUUAUCAACAGCGUUGAUGAAAACGCUGACUGUGUGCGAUGCAGGUCUUCAUUUCAUUUCAUUUUUUUUUCAGUUGCAUUAACUCUCCUUAGACUUACUUUGAUAUAUUUAAGGUAGUCUUUGUGCUACUGAAAUAACUCUUCCUUUUUAUGUAUGGUUUUUAGAAUCCAAAACUUAGAAAUUCAAGGGUAGUGAGGGGGGGAUUUUAUAGUCCUUGUGGUAAAAGAUAUCAUUUUAACUUUUUACUGAAACGUUUUAAGGUUUCUUGUGAGACUGUGGGAACUCAACUGUGUUAGCGACUUUCUGUGUACAGGCUGCGUGUGU